AUGAGUGAUAAAGAGGUAGUUACCGCCCGAACCCUGGCCCCAGGGGGGCCCGGGGGUGAGUGGAGUCCAGACGUGGUGGUUGGGAUAGAUUUCGGGAUGACCUAUACGGGAGUUGCUUAUUCCUGUGCGCCAGAAUGGACUCCUCCGAAGACUAUCCAGCGUUGGCCGGGAAAGCUACCCGGCGAGCUGGCGAACAAAGUGCCUACCUGCCUCGAAUAUGGUUUGGAGUCGAAGACCGUUCAGAAUUGGGGGUUUAAAUGUGACCCCGAGGACAACGUAUCGGAUAUCAAGGAAUUUUUUAAGCUCCAUCUUGCGCCUCAGUAUCGGGACGAGUAUCUAGGGGGUCCUAGUCGACAGGAGGCUCAGCGCUGGUUCCAAGACUACAUCCAAUGCAUCUAUCAGCAUGUGGUGUCUCAUUUUAGCAGCACCAUCCCGCAGUUUGCGUCGCGGAGAGUCGAAUUCCUUUUCAGUGUCCCGACGACUUGGAAGGAUGUACGAAUGAUUGAAGAAACCCGCAGUCUCCUCGAGCACGCAAUCCAUGCGAAAACACCCAACCAUCGCGCUUUUAUUGGUCUCACCGAAGCGGAGGCAGCAGCGGUAUAUGCGGGUAAUGAACACUACCAGGCCGAUGAUACAAUACUCGUCUGUGACUCUGGCGGAGGAACCACGGACGUAAAUGCUCUCAAACUCAUUUCCUCUAGGGGUGAGCCAACUAGGCUCGAGCAAUUGGGCCAUGUUGAAGGACAACCAAUUGGUUCAGUAUUUAUCGAUAGAAAAAUCCACCAGCUGAUCUGUGAGAGAUUGGAGAAAGUUCAAAAUCACUUACGUCUUUCCCCAAGUGAUGCAGCAUGGCGAAUGACCUCCGGCCGCUUCCAACGACUUAAAUGCGCAUUUGGCACAGAGGCUACAUCGACACCAUGGCUGAAGCUCGACGUACCAUCAUUGUUAACCGAGUCAGACUUUCCAGAAGCCGAGAUCUAUGACGGCCAAAUGCGUAUUGCAUGGGAACAUGUCAAGAAUUGCUUUGAUUUGAAGAUAGCCGAGAUUUGCAGCCUUUUGGAUGGGCACAUUUGCCAGAUGUAUGCUCGAUACCCGAAGGACCAAAUAAACUACCUUAUUCUUUCCGGGGGGUUUGGGAGCUCGCCAUACGUGAGGCAGUGUCUUGUAGAAAGAUUUACCAGCCUAGAUACCACGAAGCAUCCAAACGCUGAAAGAAUGCAGGUUCUUCUAGCAGAUGAGCCACAACUCGUAGUGGUCCAUGGGUUAGUUCUGGAUCGAAUCCAACAGAUCAGAUACGGAGUUGUGACGUUCGGGUCCCGAUGCUCCCCCGUGAGUUAUGGGAUUAUUUGCGACCAGAUUUAUGAUCCAGAGAAACAUAUAGGAGAGUCAGUGCGGCUCGACUCCAGGGACAAACAGAUGUAUGCAGUUGACCAAGUCGAUUGGCUUGUUAUUCAGGGCCACCCUAUUCCAAACACCGGAUUUACAAAAGAAUUUCAAUACAAGGCCGACCCCGGGCGCGAGAGUGAGCCACAGAAGGUGCACGUUGUCAUGUCAAUUCUCCCUCCCGACAAGCUCCCUAAGAGCAUGAGACAAAAGGGCGUUCAGCUAGUCUGUAGUCUUGAUAUUUUAACCGAGGACGUCGAGAAGAAGCUGAAAAAUCGCCACUGGUACAGCAUCAAGCCCGCUUUCUGGAGGACCAUAUUUGAUGUGAAGGUGGUAGUUGGGCCCGCUGACCUAACAUUCCAGUUAUGGUCCAAGGACAGGCGAAUUCGAGGUGGCAAGCAUGAACCAAUUGCGGUGAAAUGGAUGCCUGCGAAGGCAUUAGACGAAGAAGCUCCCUGA